AUGCCGCCGAAGCGAAAUGAUAAAGCCGAGUCAUCAAAGUCUUCGUCUACGCAGGCAGGUAGUAGGAACACGACUUCGAAGAAAUCAAGCAGCAAGAAAUCUUCGAAUCAGUCCUCUUCUGGCAAGAACAAGAACGCCAAACCAUCACCAAGAGAGAGCCAACCACCUUCCUCUCCGCCAUCCCAACCGCAUGAAUACAUGAGCGCAAAGAAGAAGAGCCUCAAGUCAGGGAUUAAAUCUCAGGGCGAGCGCAAGAAAUCGACUCAGCCGAAGCGUCGCAGGUGGUAUGAGUCCGCCAACCUCCAGCCUUCCCAGCUUGCGCUUUGGGUCCAUGAGACCGCCAGCAAGAGACUGUGGGAGAUAGAUAAACCAACUGGCCAGCCAGGAGAGCCAGGACGAGGCGGGUACACAGUGGCGGACGAGAUGCAUCUUGACAAGACGCGUUAUGGCAAGUUCCAUUACCGCGAAUAUCUUAAUAUUCUCGCUUCUGUGCGCGAGUUUAUUGAUCUAGCGCGACUGCCGCCUUUGGAGCAUUUUCGGAAUCAGGAUCUCGGAAAGGUUGGAAAGAUUUUCAACAUGAUGGCAGUCAGGCACCCCUACCUGGCACGGUUCAAGAACAAUUGGCCCACUGCUGCAGUCAUCAAAGGCUGCCUCCGAGGUAAGCGAGCUUCUGCUCGCAGACUCGAGAAGCAGCUUGGGACGAUGCCGGCAGUAACCAACAGGGACGAUCAGUCAGGUGGUGAGAGCGAUUCCGACGAAGCAAGUGGCGACGAGAGUGGGGCUCAGCUCAGCAAGAAGGCCAUCCUGGAGGCCUUUGCCGUUGCUCCUGCAGGCUCAGCAAAGAAGGCUAAUGCUCCCAAGAUGACCCAGCGCGCGAAGAAACUCCCGGCAGCCUCAGACGACGACGACGUCGAUCCGACCCCACCCAAGCGCAAGCGCAAGGCCAAGGAACUCGCGCUCGAGCUCGAGGACGACGACGACGUCGACGACGUCGAUCCGACCCCACCCAAGCGCAAGCGCAAGGCCAAGGAACUCGCGCUCGAGCUCGAGGACGACAAGGACAACGACGACGUCGAUCCUACCCCACCCAAGCGCAAGGCCAGGGCCAAGGAACCCGCAGUCGAGCUUGAGGACGACGACGACGACGACGUCAACCCCGCCCCGCCCAACCGCAAGGCCAGGGCGAAGGAACUCGCGCUCGAGCUUGAGGACGACGACGACGACGACGACAUCGAUCCCUCCCCACCCAAGCGCAAGCGCAAGGCCAAGGAACUUGCGCUCGAGCUCGAGGACGACGACGACAACGACGACGUCGAUCCUGCCCCACCCAAGCGCAAGACCAGGGCCAAGGAACCCGCAGUCGAGCUCGAGGACGACGACGACGACGACGACGUCAACCCCGCCCCGCCCAACCGCAAGACCAGGGCCAAGGAACUCGCGCUCGAGCUUGAGGACGACGACGGCGCCACUUCCCUCCCUCGCACUUCCAGCUUUGCCUUUGCUGGCAAGCAGCCUCUUCCCUCCCUUAGGAAACUGCUGCCUCCCCCACCAGGCGAUGUCAUCUUCGACGACAACGACAGCGACAACGAGGAGAGCAGUAGCAGAGCUGAACCGGCCCCCAAGAAACCAGCAGCACAGCCGCGGAAGCCUGCAGCUCGCAACGACACCAGCACCGACCCAUUUGACAAAAAUCCUCCGCCCACAACCACCGGCAGGGUUACUCGCGCACGUGUGUCCGCGCCGCAGGCAGCGCCGUCCCUUAAGAAUAAGGGGAAGUCUUUGGGGGACAAGGGGGGUGAGGAUGACAGGCAUAGCAGUGAUGAGGAACCAGUAGUUGUGAAGAGAAAGGCGAAGGCGAAGGCAAAAGGGAAAGGGAAGGGGAAGGGGAAGGAGAAGGAGAACCCUGAUUUGCGGGAGAUAUUCGAAGGCGAGGACGAUGAUUUUUCCGACUGA